UGUCUUUGGUCGCACCUUUGCGACGCACAAUUGUCAGGCCAACAGCGCCAGUGUGUUCCCCGCCACCAAAGGAUCCAGAGCUCCUGGAAACAAACGCGCACACUGUAUCUAUACACCCGCCAUGGACGACCUGUUCGACGUCUUCGAAGGCGGUUCAGCAAAGGAUGCAGCACCCAAAAAGAGCAAGAAGCGCCAGGCAAAUGGCGACGUAAAGACACCCAUAGGAGAUGUGCCCAUGGCAGAUGCGCCCGCCGAGACUGCCGACGACGUCGCAAGCGACCAAGAGAACGAGAACGAGAACCCAAACGGCGCACAACAGCUCCUCAAGAGACAAAAGCGCGAUGCAGAGCCCGAGCCCAUUGUGACAGAUGACUUUGAGACGGAGCAGUCCCGCGAAAUCGCCGCAGCUGCCGGACUGCAAGCGCAGCCCCAGGAAGGCCAGGCUGUGGUGCUCUCACAUCAGGUCCGCCAUCAGGUUGCACUCCCGCCCGACUACGACUACGUCCCCAUAUCCGAGCACAAGGCGCCCGCAGAGCCUGCGAAAACAUGGCCCUUUACCCUCGAUCCCUUUCAACAGGUCUCCAUCGCGUCGAUACAGCGGAACGAGAGCGUUCUGGUCUCCGCGCAUACAUCGGCUGGAAAGACCGUCGUGGCAGAGUACGCCAUUGCGCAAUGCCUAAAGAACAACCAGCGAGUCAUCUACACCAGUCCCAUCAAGGCGCUGAGCAACCAAAAGUAUCGCGAGUUCAUGGCCGAGUUUGGCGACGUUGGCCUGAUGACUGGUGAUGUCACAAUCAACCCUACUGCCACCUGCCUAGUCAUGACCACCGAGAUUCUGCGCUCCAUGCUGUACAGAGGUUCCGAGAUCAUGCGCGAAGUAGCCUGGGUAGUCUUCGAUGAGGUACAUUAUCUGCGCGACAAGUCCAGAGGUGUCGUUUGGGAGGAGACGAUCAUUCUGCUGCCGGACAAGGUCCGUUACGUCUUCCUCUCGGCCACCAUCCCAAACGCCAUGCAGUUUGCAGAGUGGAUCACCAAAACACACGGCCAACCAUGUCACGUUGUCUACACCGACUUCCGCCCGACCCCGUUGCAACACUACUUCUUCCCGCAAGGCGCAGACGGUAUUCACUUGGUUGUUGACGAGAAGGGCGUCUUCCGAGAGGAGAAUUUCCAAAAGGCCAUGUCGUCAAUCGCGGACAAGGCUGGGAGCGAUCCGGCAGACUUCCUAGCAAAGCGCAAGGGCAAGGGCAAGGACAAGAAGACCAACAAGGGCGGCAACAAGGACAAUUCGGACAUCUACAAGAUCGUAAAGAUGAUUAUGAUGAAGAGCUACAACCCGGUCAUCGUGUUCAGUUUCAGCAAGCGGGAAUGUGAAAACUAUGCGCUUGCCAUGAGCCAGCUCGCGUUCAACGAUGACUCUGAAAAAGCCAUGGUGUCCAAAGUCUUCAGCAGCGCCAUUGAGAUGCUGUCAGAAGAGGACCGCCAACUCCCCCAGAUUCAGCACAUUCUUCCUCUACUUCGGAGAGGUAUCGGUGUUCACCACUCCGGCUUGUUACCUAUUCUGAAAGAGACUAUCGAGAUUCUGUUCCAAGAAGGUCUGAUCAAGGUGCUUUUUGCGACCGAGACCUUCUCUAUUGGACUGAACAUGCCGGCAAAGACCGUCGUUUUUACCAGCGUGCGCAAAUUUGACGGCGUAUCACAGCGAUGGGUCACUCCCUCUGAGUUCAUCCAGAUGUCUGGUCGAGCUGGUCGCCGUGGCCUCGAUGAUCGCGGCAUCGUCAUCAUGAUGAUUGACCAGCAAAUGGAGCCUGCUGUUGCGAAGGAGAUUGUGCGAGGGCAGCAAGACAACCUGAACUCCGCUUUUCAUCUCGGGUACAACAUGGUUCUCAACUUGAUGCGAGUUGAAGGCAUCUCUCCAGAAUUCAUGCUGGAGAGGUGCUUUUUCCAGUUCCAAAACACGGCCGGCGUCUCAAAUUUGGAGAAGAAGCUGCAAGAACUAGAGCACGAAAAAGCAUCCAUGAUGAUCACAGACGAAGCGACUGUGAAAGACUACUACAACCUCCGACAGCAGCUGGAUACACAUACCAACGACAUGCGCGACGUGAUCAUGCAUCCUAAUUACUGCCUGCAAUUUCUUCAGGCCGGUCGUUUAGUCAAGGUCAAGUUCAAGCAGCACGACUUCGGCUGGGGCGCAGUUGUAGCUUUCACACCACGCAAAGCGAACAAGGGCGAGAUCUUGCCGCCUCAGCAAUCCUACAUUGUGGACAUCUUGCUCUUGGUUGCAAGCGAUACCAAGUUUAUGCCUCAAGUGAGCGAUGGCCUGCCGCCAGGCGUUCGCCCACCUGGUCCAGAAGAUAAGGGCAAGAUGGAGGUUGUACCAGUAGUACUGAACUGCAUCGAGUCUAUUGGUCAUCUCCGCGUUUUUCUGCCGAACGAACUGAAGUCGACCGACCAGAAGAACGCCGUUCGCAAGGCGCUAGACGAGGUUAAGAAACGCUUCCCGGACGGCAUCGCCAUUCUGGACCCCAUUGAGAACAUGCAGAUCAAGGAUGAAGCCUUCAAGCGGCUGCUCCGGAAAAUCGAAGUACUGGAGUCACGUCUUCUCUCGAAUCCUCUUCACAACUCGCCCAGGCUACCGGAGCUGUACAGUCAAUAUGCGCACAAGAUUGCCACUGGCGACAAAAUCAAGAACAUCAAAAAAGAGAUCGCGAGUGCCCUGUCCGUUAUUCAGCUAGACGAGCUGAAGAGUAGGAAGCGCGUUUUGCGACGAAUAGGCUUCAUUGAUGAUGCUGAUGUUGUUCAACUCAAAGCCCGCGUCGCUUGUGAAAUCAGCACGGGUGAUGAGCUAGUGCUCAGCGAGCUGCUUUUCAAUCGGUUCUUCAACGAGCUGACACCAGAGCAAUGCGCGGCUUGCUUAAGCUGCUUCAUCUUCGAGGAGAAGAGCACCGAGGUCCCAGCGCUCAAGGAAGAGCUUGCCAAGCCGUAUCGCCAGAUUCAGCAACAAGCCAGGGUCAUCGCGAAGAUUUCCCAGGAGAGCAAGCUGACAGUCAAUGAAGAGGAGUACCUCAAGUCGUUCAAGUAUGAGCUUAUGGAGGUCGUCUUCGCCUGGUCCAAGGGCGCCUCAUUUGCCGAAAUAUGCAAAAUGACCGACGUCUAUGAAGGCAGUCUGAUUCGGCUGUUCAGACGGCUAGAGGAGUUGCUGCGGCAAAUGGCUCAAGCCUCCAAAGUCAUGGGCAGCGAGGAGCUCGAGCAGAAGUUUACUGCAGCGCUGGACCUGGUCAGGAGAGAUCUGGUUGCAGCCCAGUCCCUGUAUCUCUGAUUUAGCAGCACGUUGGCAUUGUGUAUAUCAUUGUAUUAGUGGAGUCUAUGGACUAGCAUUUUCGGCGCUCAUGUAGUAGUAAGUGCGGCACUUGCACGGCGUUCCCCUUUAUGCGAUUCAAAGGAUGCGUCACUAGACCAGCCAGCGUCUCAAGUGGGCGCGCAAGGUGGCAUUGGCGUUGUGAAGCCCAAAAGGAGUCACAGUGUGAAUGUGUGCUGGAUAGAAUUGACUAGAUCUGAUGCCGUGGGCUUCUACGGCAGACGAUCCCCCAGCAACAGUCUUGGUUUUAGUUGACGUGAAAGUGCAUGCGGCGAAUGUAAUACCCCUAGUGAAGAGCAAAGUAGACUUGGAGUGCGCAU